AUGGCGGACGUAAACGAUACAAGUGAACUCUUCGAUCUCGAGCUGCACGAAGAUGACAAAGCGCGAGACUCGGAUGACGACAGGAUCGAGCUGGAUGAUGUCGAUCUGGAACCGGAAUUGAGCAUAAACCUACACCAAGACAAUGAGGGCCAGGAAACCAUACAGCUCUCCGAGGAGAAUGUCAAUCCAGGCAAAAUCAAGUUGGGGCCAACGGAUUUUGAGCUUAAGAAAGUGCUUGGCAAAGGUGGCUACGGCAAAGUAUUUCAGGUGCGCAAAACCGCUGGACGUGAUGCCAACAAAUAUUUUGCGAUGAAGGUGCUCAAAAAGGCGUCCAUAGUGACCAAUCAAAAGGACACGGCGCACACGCGCGCCGAGCGAAAUAUACUCGAAGCAGUCAAGCAUCCGUUUAUUGUGGAAUUGGUGUAUGCCUUUCAAACAGACGGUAAAUUGUAUCUGAUACUCGAGUAUUUAAGUGGCGGUGAGCUGUUUAUGCAUUUGGAGCGAGAGGGCAUCUUUCUGGAGGAUACCACAUGCUUCUAUUUGAGUGAAAUCAUAUUGGCUUUGGGUCAUUUACACAAACUGGGCAUCAUUUAUCGCGAUCUGAAGCCAGAGAACAUACUGCUGGACGCACAGGGACAUGUGAAACUGACGGAUUUUGGUCUGUGCAAGGAGCACAUACAAGAGGGUAUUGUCACCCACACCUUCUGCGGCACAAUUGAGUACAUGGCUCCAGAAAUCUUAACUAGAAGUGGCCAUGGCAAAGCCGUCGACUGGUGGUCCCUGGGCGCACUCAUGUUUGAUAUGCUCACGGGCGUGCCGCCCUUCACCGCCGAGAAUCGCAAGAAAACCAUUGAGACCAUACUUAAAGCCAAGCUUAAUCUGCCAGCCUACCUCACACCCGAAGCCAGAGAUCUGGUGCGACGCCUGAUGAAGCGACAGGAGCCACAGCGUCUGGGCAGCGGACCCGAGGAUGCGGCGGCGGUACAGUCACAUCCAUUCUUCAAACAUGUCAACUGGAACGAUGUGGUAGCCCGACGCCUCGAGCCGCCCAUUAAGCCGCUGCUGCGAAGUGAGGAUGAUGUCUCCCAGUUUGACACGAGAUUUACAAGACAAAUUCCCGUUGAUUCACCGGAUGAUACAACGCUCAGCGAAAGUGCCAAUUCAAUUUUUCAAGGUUUCACCUACGUAGCGCCAUCGAUACUGGAGGAUAUGCAUCGCGCCAAUCGGAUGCCGGCGCGCUCGCCACGACGCACACUGCGACAGCAUCAGCUGCCGGAUAACAGCUUUCGGCUACAGUUCCCGUCCGCGAAUGCGAAUGUGGGCGCCAAUGUGCCCAUGGCCAUGCAGCGGUCAACGUUGUUUGCCCGUGCCACGCCCCCACAUCAACAGCACCAGCAUCCGCAUCCGCAUCAUAUGCAAACAUUUGCGCCGCGCCCAUCGCCAGCGCAGGACGAGAUGAUGGAUGUGCAGCAGGGACUGCCCAUGGUCUAAGGUUACUAUUGGAUGAGGUGCGAAGGAGUCAACGAAGGCGAAGCGAAUCAAGUGAAAAUUGUUUUUGUUAUAGAAGAGUGACAGAGAGGGAGAGGC